AUUCUCAGUAACAAGUCCAAUAUCACUCUCACUAAUAAGUCCAGUACCACUCUCACUAACAAGUCCAGUACCACCCUCACUAACAAGUUCAGUACCACUCUCAAUAACAAGUCCAGUAUCACUCUCACUUAUAAGUCCAGUACCAGUCUUACUAACAAAUCCAGUACCAAUCUCACUACCAAGUCCAGUACCUCUCUCAUAAACAAGUCCAAUACCAAUCUCACUAAUAAAUCCAGUACCAUUCUCACUAACAAGUCCAGUACAACUCUCACUAACAAGUCCAGUACCACUCUCACUAACAAGUCCAGUACAACUCUCACUAACAAGUCCAGUACCACUCUCACUAACAAGUCCAGUACCACUCUCACUAACAAGUCCAGUACCACUCUCACUAACAAGUCCAGUACCACUCUCACUAACAAGUCCAGUACCACUCUCACUAACAAGUCCAGUACCACUCUCACUAACAAGUCCAGUACCACUCUCACUAACAAGUCCAGUACCACUCUCACUAAUAAGUCCAGUACCACUCUCACUCACAAGUCUUAUACAAAUCUUACUAACAAGUCCAGUACCACUGUCACUAAUAAGUCAAGUACCAAUCUCACAAGUCCAGGACCACUCUCACUAAUAAGUCCAGUACCACACUCACUAGCAAGUUCAGUACCAUUCUCACUAAUAGGUCCAGUACCACUCUCACUUAUAAGUCCAGUACCAAUUUCACUAACACAUCCAGUACCAUUCUCACUAACAAGUUCAGUUCUACUCAAACUAAAAAGUCCAGAACCACUGUUAUUAAUAAGUCCAGAACCACUCUCACUUAUAAGUCCAGUACCACUCUAA